AUGGGCAGCCAAUCACAUGUGCUAGUCGUAUCAUUUCCAACACAGGGCCAUGUUGCGCCACUUAUGAAGUUGUCUCACCAGAUUGCUGAUCAUGGGAUCAAGGUCACAUUUGUUAGCACUGAGUUCAUAAUUGCAAGAUUAACAACUAUAAUGCCAGUGAAUAACCUGAUAAGGCUAGUCUCACUCCCAAAUGGUCUAGAACCUGGGGAUGAUCGAACUGAUGCUCUUAAACUGAUAAAUAGUUUUCAAGAAGUUAUGCCAGGUCAUUUCAAGGACUUGAUUGAGAAAAGUAACGAAUCUUAUGAUGAUCGGAUUAGUUGUAUCAUUCCUAGGAUAUCGGUUGUGUGGGCAUUUGAAGUUGCUGAGAUGAUGGGAAUUAAAAGUGCUACAUUUUGGAUGAACCAUUCUGUCAAACUAUGCAACUGGCUUCUUUGCAACUCAUUCUAUGAACUAGACUCAUUGGCCUUAAAUUUAGUUCUUGGGAUCAUACCUGUUGGUCCAUUACUUUCAGGCAGUCAAUUGGGCUGUCAAAUUGGAAGCUUUUGGCUUGAUAAUUCAACUUGCCUAAGUUGGUUUGAUAAACAACAUGUGGGCUCAGUCAUUUAUGUUUCCUUUGGCAGCACCUCAAUCUUCAACCAACAACAAUUUGAUGAACUAGCACUUGAACUUGAACUCAUAGGUCUUCCAUUUUUGUGGGUUAUUCAGUCUGAUAUCACCAAUGAAGCACUCUCAGAAUUCCUUGAUGGGAUUAGAAAGAGAAUAGCUGAUCAUGGAAAGAUUGUUGAUUGGGUACCUCAAGAGGAGGUGCUAGCUCACCCUUCUACUGCAUGUUUUAUAAGCCAUUGUGGAUGGAAUUCAACCUUGGAGGGUAUAAGCAAGGGAGUCCCAUUUCUAUGUUGGCCUUACUUUACAAACCAAUUCCAAAAUAAGAGUUACGUAUGUGAUGUUUGGAAGGUUGGUUUAGGGUUGAACCCGAACAAAAAUAGGAUUUUCACAAGGCACGAAAUCAACACAAAGAUAAAAGCAUUGCUCUCUGAUGAUGUUAUAAAGACAAAGGCACUAAAGUUGAAGGAAAUGGCUAAAAAGAGUGUUAGUGAAGCUCCUGUUGGUGCCUCCUUUCUUAGGCAAAGAGCAGCUCAGUUAAAAGCCAGCUCAAAACGUCCUAGAGUCGAUUCUUCUACAGGUGACGCAUUUAGAGGUCGUCCUUCUAGUGAUCCUCCAACUGAGGAGUAUGUGGAUCCCACUGCUGUUGUGGAUCUUGAGCCAUCCACAUCUACCACCAUUUCUACUAGAUCUAUGUUGGAGACCGUACUUACAGUCCAGUCCGCACAUGGACAACUGCUCUUGGACUUGCUCAAUAAGGUUGCUGCCUUACAAGCUGAGCUUGCUACCACUAGUAGUGCCUCUCCACCAGCUCCACCCUCGGAUCAGCCAUGA